AUGAUUGAGGAUGUAUCUGGUGUCUCUCUGUGUGGCUUUACUGAUGAAACAUCUACAGAUCUUCUGGUUUCUGUCUGUAAUGAAGACCAGAAGACAUCAGUGAAUCUGCUGGACUGUGGGAUAGAAGUGAAACAAGAAGUCACAGAAGCAGAUGAAGGUUAUUUGAUUUAUUCAGACCUGAUGGAGACAAAAGAAGAAAUCACAAAUGCAAGAGAACAGACAGAUCAAGACCAGAAAGUGGUAAAGGAGGAAAUUUUACAACUCAGUGAAAUUGAAGAGAAACCUCAUUAUUUGAUACCCAAAGAAGAAUCUCUGAGCUGCUCGAUUACUGUGAGGAAUUUGUCACCUAAAAGAAACAACAAGAAAAAAUCAACAGCCAAGGAUGCUCUUAUUUGCCCUCAGUGUGGAAAGGCCUUCACCUAUAACUAUAAACUUAAUGAGCACAUGAAAACCCACACUGGAGAAAGACCUUACAGCUGUGAUCAGUGUGGUAAAAGUUACAUGAAUAAAUGGCACCUUAAUAACCACACAAGAACCCACACUGGAGAAAAACCCUACAGAUGUGAUCAGUGUGAAAAUACCUACCACAGAAGUUGGAACCUUAAUCGGCACAUGAAAACCCACAAUGGAGAACAGCCUAGAUGUGAUCAGUGUGGAAGAACCUUCACUCGUAAGUCUGACCUGAAAAAGCACAUGACAAUUCACACUGGAGAAAAGCUUUAUAGAUGUGAUCAGUGUGGAAAAGCCUUCACUAGCAAGUCUUGCCUUAAAGAUCACAAGAGAAUUCACACUGGAGAAAAACCUUACAGAUGUGAUCACUGUGGACAGUGUUUUAGUCGUAAUUUCCUUCUCGAUGAGCACAUUACAAUCCACAGUGGAGAAAAACCUUUCAGAUGUGAUCAGUGUGGAAAGACCUACAACAGAAGUUGGGACCUUAAUGAACACAUAAGAACCCACACUGGAGAUCAGACUAGAUGUGAUCAGUGUGGAAAAACCUUCAAGUGUAAGUCUGACCUGAAAAAGCACAUGAAAAUUCACACUGGAGAAAAACCUUACAGCUGUGAUCAGUGUGGAAAGACCUUCAAGAAGAAGGUCCAGCUUAAGGUUCACACAAGAUUUCAUACUGGAGAAAAGCUUUACAGAUGUGAUCAGUGUGGAAAUUGUUUUAUUCAUAAGUUUGGACUUAACAGGCACAUGAGAACAAUUCACACUAAAGAAAGGCCUUAAAAAGCCCCUACUAUGCUGGUUUUCACAUUUGAAGAGUUCAAAUGCAAAACCACUAAACACCACCUCGGUCAAAGAGUUAAUGAUAUUAACCGAACGCUCUUGGCAUGUAUUAUACGUUCAUCAAGUACUUUUGCUUCAAAUUUGCUUAAUCCCAGCCUCAGACCAUUCAGAAAUACUGGUUUGUUUCCAGAAUCCAUUAAAAGUCUGAUAGAAAUACUAAUUUACAAGAAAAAACAUUUGUGUGGUUCCAGACCCUUUUUAAGGGGGGCUUCAGCCACCCUACAAUUAUUAAGUCUAUUAAACUAUCAAAUAGUUAGAGUGAACAAACAAACUUGGCAAGUAACAAACUGAGUGCACUCACAAAUUUUGUAUAUGAUUAUGAAACAUACAAAUUAGAUUACACUAUAUUCAACAUUCAGUGACAUGUUUGCUUUUAUUUAUAGAUGGAUAUAUAAUGUUUAUAUAUAUGAAGGCCAAACACUACAGGCAAAAUAGCUAUUAUUGAGCAUACUGGGGUCAAGUUUCAGUUUUUGGGUUAUUUUGCUUCUAUAACAUGUAUAAUUAAACACAGAUAAUAUUAAAAUGUCUAAAGUGCACAUUAAAGGUGCAGUGAAUCAGUAGUUUUUAUUGUUUUAUACUGUUGUCUGAGGUCUACUUAUGAUGCUUACAUGGUUUUUACAUUCAAAAACAUCAAAAGCAAUAAGUAAUGGGGUGUUUUGUGCCCUAGAUUUGAGGCUUACUCCUGAAACUGAUGCAGCGCCUGUGUUCUUCCACAACCAGGCACUGUGAAAUAGUUUGCAGCCUUAAACGUUAUGUUUGUUGUAUGGACUAUCUGGUUUAUGGAAACCAGUGGUUGGGGCUUCGAAUUAGACGUUAAGUGGAGGCGUGUUUAAAAAUCGACUGCUUUGUCGUAAGUUGGCACAGUCCUGAACAUGCCAUUUUCUGGGCUUGAUGUCAUUAUGUAUAUUUAAAUUUGUUUUUUGAGUCAAUUAUGAAAAUUGUUUGUGAAGACCAAAAUAAGAAUGCUCUAUUUUCGUGCACUCGUUUUGUGCUUAAUAUACAGAAAAUACUUCUUUAGUACUUCUUAAAAUUAAUUUAAGAACAUGGAAGUUUACUUACUCCGUGCUAUUUUGGAAAUGAAUUAAAAUUUGCUAAAAAUGUAUUUAAAAUAUGUAGUUUGGUACCACUUGUAGUAAACUUAAACCCAUCUUUCAAACAAAGAUAGGUUCAAGUUUACUACAAGUGGGAACCUAAUACAUUUUUAAAGGGACAUUCUUUGAUUUUUACCAUUUUGGAAUCCAUUCAGCUGAUCUCCGGGUCUGGCGCUACCACUUUCAGCAUAGCUUAGCAUAAUCCAUUGAAUCUGAUUAGACAAUUAGCAUCACGGUCAAAAAUAACCAAAGAGUUUCGAUAUUUUUCCUAUUUAAAACUUGACUCUUCUGUAGUUACAUCGUGUACUAAGACCGACGGAAAAUUAAAAGUUGCAAUUUUCUAGGCCGAUAUUGCUAGGAACUAUAAUCUCAUUACGGCGUAAUAAUCAAGGACUUUGCUGCCGUACUAUGGCUGAUGCAGGCACAAUGAUAUUACACAGUUUUAAGAUUAUCUUAGAAGUAUAAAAUAUUUUUUUAGUAUAUAAAGUACGAAAUGAGUGUACUUGAAGUGCUCUAUUUUCAAACACUCUUUUUUACCUGGGACAUUAAGGAGAAUUGUUUUAUUCUAUUAUAAUAAAUUGUAUAUAUGUUAAAAAGUCUGGCUUUUAUUAAUAAAAGGUUUUAAAAGUUAUUAAUAAAAGUUAUGUGGCCAUUUUUUUGUGACUUAAAUGAAAAUAAAACAACUGAAACCACUCAACUCAAUUAAAAUAUCUAAUAAUUCAAAACAUAACUUACUGCAUUUUAAGGACAUACAUAUAUUCCGAAUAAAAUGUUU